CCGCGACCAGUUAGUUCCAUUAAUAUGUUCCAGUGAUACCGACAACCAAUUUUAUCAAUUCGGCCGCUGUGUCAAGGAUAAAAACAAUUGCAAAAGACUGAAACAAAUCAGUGAAAUUUCGUAACUGCACACGAAUAAACAAUUGAAAUCGGACCGGAUAAUAAUGAAAGUUGUUCAAUCUGCGGUAUACGCUAUUGCCUUGGUGGUAGGUAUCCACGCUGCCAUCAAGGUAGAUCCUGAAUGCGUGGGGAUACGAGAUAGGAGCAUCUUCCGGCAUCAGACAGAUUGCUCUCGAUAUUAUUCCUGCAGAGGUGGAAGAUUUGAAGGGCACCAAUGUUUGGCAGGAUUGUAUUGGGAUCAAACAUACCGCAUCUGUCGUGCACCGGCGACGGUGAAUUGUAACCAAGGACCUUUUGUUACAGUGACUACUGCAAAACCGAUUCUGCCAACCGUCCCCCCAAUCAGAACUACAACCGUUGGCUCGAUAGACAUCGAAUCCAAUCCCAAUCUGUCGAAUUAUAAAUGUCCCAACACAGGAGUAUCGACCGUUCCUCACAAGAAUAGUUGUUCCAAGUAUGUUAUAUGCUUUGAUGGAACACCUGUCGAGCAAAAUUGUGCACCGGGACUGCAUUUCGAUGUCUUAUCAGGACAGUGUACGUUCCCUGUUUUCGCCAGAUGCAGCAUUCAGGGACAGAUUUGUCCAAUGUGGAACAAUCAUCGGGAAAUCAUUUUCAUCGCCGAUAAAUUCGAUUGUGCCAAAUAUUACUAUUGCUAUAACGGCGAGCCACAUGCCAAUAGUUGUGCACAAGGACUACACUGGGAUCCGCUUAACAACUGGUGUACGCCUGCUGAAGAAUCACGUUGUACUAAUUUUACCCCAUAUAAGGCAAUCAACGAAUCGCUGUUGACACCGAAAAAUGUACCCUGUGCCGACAAAUCCGCCCAUUGGGUUGAACAUCCAAGAAACUGCCGCUACUACUAUCUGUGCUACCAAGGUCAAUCAACACAGAAGCGCUGUGAUGUGGGAUUGUUGUGGGAUAGCAACACGGGUUCCUGCAACUUUCAGGAAGCAGUUGAUUGCAAAAAUGACAUGUGAAAACUGAUGAUUGAAUUAUAAAACUAAAAUAAACCUGCUUGCAAUAUAUCAAUAAUGUUGGUGAUGGGAACACUCGCUUUGUGAUGUAUUUUUGUGUAAACUGAAACUAAAAUCUAUACGCCGUUUUGUAAAGUUGUUUUGAACGUUCUAUCUUUUCUUAGACCGUAAAAUGUUGACAUAUAAAAAUAACAUUCGUAAACGGAAAUAUAACAAUCAUAAUACGUAUAGGUGGCAAAUGGUGAGAUAUACGUUAUGACUUCGAACGACUCACUUUUGAAUUAUUCAUG